GAUUCGCUAAGUGACCUCAGAGACACAACUGAGAAGAUAGAGAUUGAAAUGAAGGAGGUUAAAGAGACGCUUUGUAGCCUGACGACCACAGUGGAGAAAAGCACAGAUGAAGGUUGGUUGCUAGAAAUAGCUACUCACAGAUAAACUGAACUAUCAAUAGGGAUUCCGUUCCGUUAACUUGAGUACACUUUUCAGGUAAUGUAUUGUUGUAAGAGCACACCUUGGCUACUAGGUUAAACCUAAAUGAAGAUACCAGAUAAUGUGUGGGAUGAAUGGGAUGGCACGGAAUCUCAGGUUACCUCUCAGAUUGGAUAGCUUUCUGACAGCACUCAUACACAUUUGGCCGAGAAGGGUUAUUGCCUUAUUUUAGUUUUACUUUUGUUAAGGACAUAAUGAAUCUAACUUCCUAAUUCGUUAGAUUUUACCUGCAUAUUCUUGAACAGACUAAUGCAAUCCUUCCUCCACUCAAAUUUUUUGUAGAGUAUUCUAUUUUACAUGGAAAAAAUUUAUGAAUGAGGGCUGUGUUAGUAAAAAGGGGCAGGAGAAGGCGUAUGUGGUUAUUUUAAUUUUCCCAAGCGAAAAACUGUGAACGAAACUUCACAAUGCAUUUGCAGCGUUUUCCUUUUUCUAUGAUUAAACGACGUGAAAACGAGGGCGGAAAAGCGUUCUUUGUUUUUUUUUUAAUUAGUUCUUACAAUGGUCUUUUUUACCGACAAAAAUCUUACUCAGACUAUCGACUCUAAUGAUAUCAAUAUUUAUCUCUCGAGUUUCACUAUCAGAAACCGCUGUAGCCGAGCCAUAAGUUUUUUUCGAAUAUUGUAUAAAAUUUAAAAACAACAACAACAGAGGAAGGGAAAAGGAUCUAUUUAGUUAACUUUUAAUGAAUAAAGUGACUUUCACUCGGACUAAAAGUUCCAAUGUUAUUCCACGAAAGGGUCUGUUGAGAAAAUGAUAGGCGAAAUGGUAAAGAUGGACAGAGAACUGAAAGAAGUGAAGGAACAGCUGUGUACUUUGACAGCCUCAGUGGGAGAAAGCAAGGAUGAAGGUAAGUUGAAUUAUACAAUAAAAGUUAUCCUGCUUAACUGCAAAUUUCGCAUGUCAACAUGGUCUGUAUGUACUUUCAUUCCCUCCAAUUGUUCAAACUUUCACACGUAAUUAGCCUGGAAAACUUUAUAUUUUGAUUAGAGUGGAGAACGAAAUAAAACGAAGUACAGUUUUAACGAAAACAUUGGCAUUAAGUUCGGCUCGAUGUUAGAAAUUAACAGAGCAGGUUCCACUGCAUUUACAAGCCAAAUAGCUUUUGGUCAGUAAAUUGACAUGAAUCAUACAUUGAUACCUUUUUCAUCGUCCAAGUAAUUUCUUUGGCAGUGGGUUGUACUCGUUCGCUAAUUUAAAUUCAGUGCCGAAUACCUAGUAGCAUUAGAUGUAAUCUGCAUAUUUCUGAAUAAAAUAACUAAACCCUUCCUGCGCUCAUAUUGUGGAGUAUUCAAUUCUACAUGGGAAAAUAGUUGAAUGAGGAUCGUCUUGAGUAAAAUAGGUUCCUAAGGAAAAGACUGUAGGAAAAACCUCUCACUUCAUCGCAGGCGAGCCCCCGGUUUUCUGCAGCACUUUUGAUGAAACCGCGUGACAAAGAAGGCACAAAGGCGUUGUUUGGUUUCCAUUUAUUUGUUCGUAGUCUCGGUAUAUCCCGAAAAAGCCUUUCUCAGACUACGGCGCCAAUGAUAUGAAUAUUUAUCUCCCGAGUAAUUUAUUUUACGACAGAGUUUCACUGUCAGACACCCUUAAAGCCGAACAAACAGAGUAGGUUUACCUGAAUUCAUAAUCUAAAUGGCUUUUAAUCAGCAAGCAUGAAUCAUACACUAAAAGCUUUUUGCAUCGUCCAAGUAAUUUCUUUGGCAACGGUAUCGUACUCUUUCACUUAUUUAAAUCCAGUGUCGAAUACCAGAGAGGCACCACAAUUUUCAAUGCUGCAUUCAUUAGAUUUCUUACUUAUUUUGCUACUGCUAGGUAUUUUUGAUUCGACUGAGCUUAUCAAUGGAAUUCGCCAGCGAUACAAUACUCGCGAGGGAUGGCUCUCACCAUUUCCAUGGUGUGAAGAGUUUCAGUUUUUUCUUGGCAAUAUUUUUACAAGGCUCAAAGUGGUCAGAAGAAAGAAAACGAGAGGAGAAAUCACUGACGUAUUUGUUGACAUGUCAUCAAUACUAGACCCGUAUGAAGAGUGUUCAGCGCCGAGAACAGUGUUGAUUGAAGGAGAACCUGGUAUGGGAAAAACCACUUAUUGUAAAAAGUACGCCUACGACUGGGCCACAAAACAGCAAGAACCUCAGGGCUGCGGCUCAACAGCAUUUAAAGUGGUAUUGUUUCUGAAAUGUCGAGAUAUCCAUUCUGACGUUUGGGAAGCUAUUGAUGAUCAGCUUCUGCCCCGAGACAUCGAUGAAGAAGUCAAACAACAAUUCUUUCGUUUUAUUCGUGAAAAUCAGUCCAGCAUUUUAUUGAUAUUGGAUGGAUUGGAUGAGUUACCGUCCAGUAAAUUGUCGAUGUUUUCCGAAUUAAUUGAAGGAAGAGUGCUCCCCAAAUGCCACAUAGUUGCAACAGCAAGACACGAAGCUGGAAAAGAGGUGAGAAAAUGUUGUGACGUGCUGCUUCAGAUCGAAGGAUUUACUGAAGAGCAUGUGAAAGAAUUUGUCACCAAGUACUUUAAAGAAAGGACGGAUUUAGCCACCAAGCUCUCGCAACGGAUGUCGCGAGAUAAAAACCUGAGAGAAAUAGCGGCCAAUCCUCUAAACACAGCACUUCUUUGCCUUUUAUGCGAAGAGUUUGAGGGCACACUCCCCGAAAGCAGAGCUCAACUGUACUUGGAUAUGGUUGAAUGUGUUUUGAGAAGAUAUAGAAAAAAGAAGGGACUACUAGAAAAGAUCGAAGACUUGACAAACCAUUACAAACCGCAAUUGAAUCACCUUGGAAAGGUAGCGUUGAAUGGUUUACUUGACGAUAAGUUGGAUUUUAAUGAAAGUGAAUUGAGAAACCAUGCAAAAGACCUGACUGAAUUUGGAUUUCUGUCAGUGCAGUCUGGUGGCAGCAAACUGAGACAAACACUGCACUAUGCCUUCUUACAUAAAAGUUUUCAAGAAUUCUUUGCAGCAUUCUUCAUUUCUUCUCAGAUUCAAAGCAAGGAGAUGAAACCUGAAGAACUAGUUUCCGAUUCAAGGUAUUUCGUUAAACUUAAACAAAUACUUUUGUUUUCAUGUGGAAUUUUGGCCAUGAAAUGCGAUGAACAGGUUGUGGCUCUUGUAAAGAGUUUAACAAAUAAAGUCAACAAAGAUGAAGGCGGUGGUGCAAAAAUUGUAUUGGAGGCCAUCAACGAAUGCAAAAGAGAAAAAAGUGAUUUUCACUCGCAUUUAUUGAAGUCGUUUGGAACUGGAUUGAAUGUGACCAAUUUGGAUUUGCGAGGUAAUGGUAUUAGUGCUGCGGGUGCUACAUGUAUUGCUGAGGCAAUCAAAGUGAACAAGACGCUAACCAAUUUGGAUUUGCGAGGUAAUGGUAUUAGUGCUGCGGGUGCUACAUGUAUUGCUGAGGCAAUCAAAGUGAACAAGACGCUAACCAAUGUGUAUUUGUCUUUUAAUGGUAUUAGUGAUGCGGGUGCUACAUGUAUUGCUGAGGCAAUCAAAGUGAACAAGACGCUAACCAAUUUGUAUUUGUCUAAGAAUCGUAUUAGUGAUGCGGGUGCUACAUGUAUUGCUGAGGCAAUCAAAGUGAACAAGAUGCUAACCAAUUUGGAUUUGGGAGGUAAUGAUAUUAGGGCUGCGGGUGCUACAUGUAUUGCUGAGGCAAUCAAAGUGAACAAGACGCUAACCAAUUUGGAUUUGUCUAAGAACUUUAUUAGUGCUGCGGGUGCUACAUGUAUUGCUGAGGCAAUCAAAGUGAACAAGACGCUAACCAAUUUGUAUUUGUUUAAGAAUCGUAUUAGUGAUGCGGGUGCUACAUGUAUUGCUGAGGCAAUCAAAGUGAACAAGAUGCUAACCAAUUUGGAUUUGGGAGGUAAUGAUAUUAGGGCUGCGGGUGCUACAUGUAUUGCUGAGGCAAUCAAAGUGAACAAGACGCUAACCAAUUUGGAUUUGUCUUUUAAUGGUAUUAGUGCUGCGGGUGCUACAUGUAUUGCUGAGGCAAUCAAAGUGAACAAGACGCUAACCAAUGUGUAUUUGUCUUUUAAUGGUAUUAGUGAUGCGGGUGCUACAUGUAUUGCUGAGGCAAUCAAAGUGAACAAGACGCUAACCAAUUUGUGUUUGCUAGGUAAUGGUAUUAGUGCUGCGGUUGCUACAUGUAUUGCUGAGGCAAUCAAAGUGAACAAGACGCUAACUUAA